UAAAAAAUACAAAGGGUGAAGGGGAGAAAAAGCCCACCUCAGGGAACCCCCCCAACUCUUGCUUUCUACAGGCGUGAAAAGCCUGUGUAGCAGAGGCUGGAAAAUGCUGGAGCAUGGGACACAAGGGUUGACAUCAUUCCUGGUGUUCAGGAGACAAGUUUUGGUUCUUGCUGAGAGAUGCACACUCCUUUUUAAAGAAUUUGUCAUGUUGAUGGAAAAUAAGACAAAUUAAUGUGAGAGUAAGGGGUCUGGGAUUGCUGGUGUUCCUUAACCCUCAUCCCAUUUAUCAUGAGGGGAGAUGAGAUGAGCAAGCCAGGAGAGAAAUGGUGAAGAUCUGCUGCUCAGAAAAUGUGUGGGAUGCAGAAUUUGCCUUCUUGCAUUGAAACGAUUCCCCAUGCUCUGUUAAAUCUGCUGACUUGGCUCAAGAGCCCAAUCCUACAAAGCAGUGGGCAAAUACCCCUCAGUCCAUCCCAAAGCUGCUCCCCCACAGCACAGAUGGACUUCGAAAUGCAAUUCCACAGACAGAACUCAUCCCACAGAAAUGGGACUGAGCCCUGGCCCAGCUCUCCUCUUUGCAGCACAAAUAAAAAGGGAUUUUUGUUGUUGUUGUUGCAGAGGGUUGGUUUAGAACUCUUGAGUUUAUGCACCACAGAGGCAGAAAGCAAAAGCCUCAUAUUGGCAAAGUGGCCAGAUGUGCCAGGGGAAACGAUGGCUGCAAGAGAACCUCCAUGUGCUUUGGAGAGAACAUUUUUGUUUAUCUUCCCAGCUUUGCAGAGCUGUCCUAGCAGAGUCCAGUGUGCUCCAGAGGGAGGAGAUGUGAGGAGCAGUGAGGCUGCAAGGACAGAACUUCAGGCAGGAGGAUUUUCACGAGAUGUGCGUUGCCUGGUGCACAUGGAGGAUGUGCUUCCAGCGCACUCAACGCCUCUGGAAUUAAAAGCUGUCCUAUUCAUCAGAGCAGUGGGGUUUUGGCUGCCAGUUGUAGGAAGGCUGAAGAUGAUAAUUUGGCUUUUUACAACCCGUUUUUGUGAGCAGGGUUGGCCCUGGUUGGGUUGGAUGGCCGCUAGAGGACACUCUGCCCAAAACCAUGAGUUCAGUGAACUUGCUUAGAUUUCCAAGUGAUGGCAGGGCAAACAAACAGCUGAUUAGUGCAGAAAGCCUGCAGGAUAAUUCUCUUUUGUAGCUGGACAAACGAAUACACGUUUUACCCUCCAUGGCAUGAAAUAUAAGGUGAAACCACAAAUCCAAUGUUCUCUCCAAAUGCUCAAGUGACAGAACGAGGACAGUUUAAAUGUCACUCUUGUCUUCUUUGCCCCAUUAAUUACUUUGUAGUGUACAGUACAAAGCAGAUGUGCAGGUUGAUGGGAAGCUUUCAUUUGACCUGCCAGGUUAUGUGGGAUGGUGCUGUGUUGGAAAUUCCUCAAAUACAUUUAUAUCCUAAUGUGUGUUAAUGCCUCCCUCAUGCUCAACCCAUACAUUUAGGAUAUUGUGUAGUUAUAGCUUGAAACCUAAACUGCUUUCACUGCAGCUUCUUUAUAAAGUGAUUAAUGCAACUGGAAACAAAUCCUGCCUUUUGCAUCUCAAUUUUAUCUUCCAGUGGGGAGAAACAAAUGGAGGACUGCAUUCCCUACAGUUCAAACUCACUAGAUUUCAUGUUUUUUACCCUUCUUCACCCCUCAGUUGCCUUAAAUGUCUUUCACUCUGCCUGAGAAACUUUACAGAUUCCAGGGUGGGGUUUUGCCUUCAUUUGCAAGUUAUUUAUCUCUGUUAGUGAUAUCCCUUUUGAAAUCCCUUAUCUGUUACAUCCCAUGCCCACUCAAUACCUGUAGGCAUAUUUUUGCUUGAUGUUGUAACUACGUGCAACAGGAGACAGCCUCUAUCCUGAAAGUCUUACAGCACUAUACAUUUGCCAGGCUGUUUGAUAAGACUCUCUCUUUAGUUUGCAGACUGUGCUAGGGCAAAAAUAAUUAAAAAAAAUUGACAUAAAAAGCUUGGCCCUGGAUCUUUUGCACCCCAGCUCAGCCCUGGCAGCACGAGGUCAUUUUUUGGUUGCUGCCCAUGGAGGUGCGUUGUGCUUUCAGACAGAUGCCUGAGGAGAAGGUGAGGAGUUAAUUUGCUGUUUAAAAGAAGCAACAAGGGAAAACAGAUCCAGAGGAAGAGUUUGUAUUUCAGCGCCACAAUCAGAGAGGGGUGGGGACAGUGUGAUCUCCAGUGAUGUGCAGAAUGGCAGAGGGGGUGGGCGGUUGGACUGUCAAACUGCCUUAAUUUAAUUGCAAACACAUGCUGAUGAGUCCCCUCCUCCUGGACCUCAGGGCUGGGAAACUUUUUUUUGUCAGCUCCCUGCAGCUCAGAAUUGAGGCAAAUACGCUCCAGCAAACACCAUGCUGAUCAAACCUUCAGUUCUUGGAGGCUUUUUGUAUUUUCUCCUCCUGCCUGGUUUCUCCUGCUCCUGCCCCAGCCGCUGCCUGUGCUUCAGGACUACAGUGAGAUGCAUGCAUCUGAUGUUGGAAACCAUCCCCGAGAUCCCGCCCCAGACAAACAUUCUAGAUUUGCGCUUCAACCACAUCAAGGAGAUACAGCCUGGAGCCUUCAGAAGACUGAAGAACCUCAACACACUGCUGCUGAACAAUAACCAGAUAAAACAAAUCGUGAGAAGAUCCUUUGAAGAUCUGGAGAACCUGAAAUACCUCUACCUUUAUAAAAAUGAAAUUCAGAGCAUCCAGCAACAUGCCUUCCGCGGGCUGCGUUCCCUGGAGCAGCUGUACCUGCAUUUCAACAACCUGGAAAGUCUGGAGCUGGAGACUUUUAGUGACCUGCCUAAACUUGAAAGGCUAUUCUUGCACAACAACAAGAUCUCCAGGAUUCAUCCAGGGACAUUCUCUCAAUUGGAAUCCCUCAAACGGCUGCGGCUGGACUCCAACUCCCUGUUCUGUGACUGUGACCUGCUGUGGCUGGCAGAGCUGCUGAAGCGAUCUGCAGAGCAGGGCAGCAUCCAGAGCGCUGCCACCUGCGAGGCUCCGCGGGAGCUGCACGGCCGCUCCAUCGCCACCCUGACCGCCCAGGAGUUCAACUGUGAGAGGCCACGAAUAACCUCAGAACCCCAGGACGUCGAUGUGCUCUUGGGAAACACGGUUUAUUUCACCUGCAGGGCAGAAGGCAACCCAAAGCCUGCCAUUAUUUGGCUGCACAACAAUAAUAAGAUUGACAUGAAAGAUGACAACCGCCUGAACCUGUUGCAAGAUGGUACCUUGAUGAUCCAGAACACCAAGGAGUCGGACAAAGGCGUCUACCAGUGCAUGGCCAAGAACAUUGCUGGGGAGGUCAAGACGCAGGAAGUCGUGCUGCGCUAUUUUGGCACCCCAUCCAAGCCCACUUUUGUGAUCCAGCCACAGAACACUGAAGUACUGGUUGGGGAAAGUGUCACCCUGGAGUGUGGGGUCUCUGGGCACCCCCUCCCUUGCAUCACCUGGACCCUUGGCACGGGCUCUCCUCUGCCACAGGAUUCCCGUUUCACCAUCACCAGCUCUGGAGGACUCUUCAUUCAGAACGUCACCUUCUUGGACCAGGGGCAGUACAACUGCAAUGCCAGCAACUCCGAGGGAUCCAUCCAGGCCACAGCAAAGAUCAUAGUGCAAGAUUCUCCCAGGUUUCUCGUCAUUCCCACGGAUCAGACAGUAACUGAGGGACAAAGUGUGGAUUUCCCCUGCUCUGCUGAGGGUCACCCUCCCCCUGUGAUUACCUGGACAAGGGCAGGUGGGCCCUUGCCGAGCGACCGGCGGCACAGCGUGCUGGCCACGGGCACGCUGCGGGUGGGGCGGGUGGCCCUGCACGACCACGGGCAGUACGAGUGCCACGCCAUCAGCGCCAUCGGCGUCAGGACCCUCCCGGUGCAGCUCUCGGUGACCCCGCGAGUGAUCCCGGUGUUCCUUCAUCCCCCCCAAGACCUGGUGGCAGAGACAGGCCAGGACGUUUCCAUUUCCUGCGCUGCGCAGGGAGACCCUCGGCCCACCAUCACCUGGGUCAAGGAGGGCAUCCAGAUCACAGAGAGUGGCAAGUUCCACAUCAGCCAGGAUGGGACCCUCUCCAUUCAGGACCUGGGUGUGGCUGACCAGGGCAGAUACGAGUGCAUAGCAAGGAACCCCUUUGGCUUCACCUCGAGUGCCAUGCAGCUCACCAUCACCGCCACGGACGUGGGUCGGAGCGGGGACACGUUUGUGGCCACGUCGCUGCGCGAGGCCAUCAGCAGCGUGGACCACGCCAUCAACUCCACACGUACUGAGCUCUUCAGCAAGCGCCCCAAGACUCCCAAUGACCUCCUGGCUCUGUUCCGCUACCCGAGGGACCCCUACACCAUCGAGACAGCCAGGGCUGGGGAGAUCUUUGAAAGGACCCUGCAGCUGAUCCAGGAGCACGUGCAGCAAGGGCUGAUUGUGGACAUGAAUGUCACAGGCUAUCGCUACAAUGACCUGGUGUCCCCUCACUACCUGGCCAUGAUCGCCAACCUGUCGGGCUGCUCCGCACACCGCCGCACGCCCAACUGCUCCGACAUCUGCUUCCACAGGAAGUACAGGACCCACGACGGUUCUUGUAACAACCUCCAGCACCCCAUGUGGGGUGCAUCCCUCACAGCCUUCCAGAGGCUCCUCAAACCUGCCUACCAGAAUGGAUUUAACCUGCCCAGAGGGUUUUCCUUGGCAGAAGAUGCCAGGGAUUUGCCCCUUCCUCUACCUCGCCUUGUCUCCACUGCUAUGAUCGGGACCGAGACCAUCACCCCCGAUGACCAGUUCACACACAUGCUCAUGCAGUGGGGCCAGUUCCUGGACCACGACAUGGACCAGACGGUGGCAGCCAUCAGCAUGUCCCGUUUCUCAGACGGAGCCCCCUGCAGCGAGGUGUGCACCAACGACCCCCCCUGCUUCUCCAUCGCCGUCCCUGCCAACGACCCCCGCGUGCGGAACGGGCGCUGCAUGUUCUUUGUGCGCUCCAGCCCCGUGUGUGGCAGCGGGAUGACCUCCCUGCUGAUGAACUCUGUCUAUGCCAGGGAGCAGAUCAACCACCUGACAUCCUACAUCGACGCCUCCAACGUUUACGGCAGCACGGAGCAGGAAUCGCGGGAGCUGCGGGACCUGAGUGGCCAGAAAGGGCUGCUGAAGCGAGGGCAAGUCGUACCCAGCUCGGGGAAGCACCUCCUUCCCUUUGCCGUGGGGCCACCCACGGAGUGCAUGAGGGAUGAGAACGAGAGCCCCGUGCCGUGCUUCCUGGCAGGAGACCACCGCGCCAACGAGCAGCUGGGGCUCACGGCCAUGCACACGCUGUGGUUCAGGGAGCACAACCGCGUUGCCACCGAGCUGGCUGCCCUCAACCCGCACUGGGACGGGGACCUCCUGUACCACGAGGCACGGAAGAUUGUGGGUGCCCAGAUGCAGCACAUCACCUAUGCCCAGUGGCUGCCCAAGGUCCUCGGGGAGGCUGGGAUGAAGAUGCUGGGUGAGUACAAAGGCUACAACCCCAACGUCAACGCGGGGAUUCUCAACGCCUUUGCCACGGCCGCUUUCCGCUUCGGGCACACCUUGAUCAACCCCAUCCUGUACCGGCUGAACGAGACCUUCCAGCCCAUCCGACAAGGCCACAUCCCCCUGCACAAGGCCUUCUUCUCCCCUUUCAGGAUCAUGCAGGAAGGGGGGAUCGACCCCCUUCUCCGUGGGCUGUUUGGGGUUCCUGGGAAAAUGCGGGUGCCCUCUGAACUCCUCAACAUGGAGCUGACAGAGAAACUCUUCUCCAUGGCGCACUCUGUGUCACUGGAUUUGGCUGCUAUCAACAUCCAGAGAGGGCGAGACCAUGGCAUCCCACCCUACAACGACUUCAGGGUCUUCUGCAACCUCUCCUCAGCGCAGGAGUUUGAGGACCUCCGAAAUGAGAUAAAGAACUUGGAGAUCAGAGAAAAGCUCAGGAGUUUAUAUGGAACUACCAAAAAUAUUGACCUGUUUCCAGCACUUAUGGUGGAGGAUCUUGUCCCUGGGACCAGAGUGGGACCAACACUGAUGUGCCUGUUAACGACUCAGUUCAGAAGGCUGAGGGAUGGAGACAGAUUUUGGUAUGAGAACCCCGGAGUGUUCACACCGGCGCAGCUGACUCAGAUCAGACAGGCGUCCCUGGCUCGUGUCAUCUGUGACAACAGUGACCACAUCCAGCAGCUGCAGAGAGACGUCUUCCAGGUGGCAUCAUACCUGCAGGGCAUGGUCAGCUGUGAGGAGAUUCCUGCUGUGGACCUCCGCCUGUGGCAGGACUGUUGUGAGGACUGCCGGACACGAGGGCAAUUCAGGGCUCUUUCGCAGCGCUUCCGAAGCAAGAGGUCUCCUGGCUUCAGCUACCCAGAGGAAAACCCUGCAAAGCACAAGCCUGCCUUGCCCAGAGACGAGGCACUCUCUCCAAGCUCUUCCUCCAGAGAGAAUCUUGAGUCCCUUGUGGCUGAACUGGAGAAGACAGUCACUUCCCUACGGAAACAGGUGAAUGCACUAGAGAGCCAGCUGAGGUGGCACCACAGGAACACCAGCACACGUGGACAGGGCAAGAAGAUUGGGGACAAAUGGAGAAAAAGAUGACCACGUUGCCCCCUUGUAUAAGGUGCCCUGUGACCUGCACUUCUGCUCUCUACCAGCCAGUCCAACCCAACCCUACAGGGCUCAGAGAGCCACCAUGAGACCCCCUGGUGCUGUGCCUGCUCUCACACCUCCUGUACCACUCCCUGUCCCAGGACCACCGAACUUUUGCCUGUAUUGAACCCCCUGCACUGACUGUCUACGAGCCCCUCAGCCCCUGGACCCUUCCUGCCCUCAUCAGCCUCCCAGGGAUGGGCUCUGCCCUCGAUGGUGACAGCCCAGAGUCUGCCAAGGUGCCUCUUUCUUCCACAGCCCCCAGGAAACAGAGACAAAUUGAAGCUGCUUUAAUGCCACUGUUCUACUCUGCUCCUCUUCCUGUGCACUGCUCUCAUCACCCACCAGCCCUUGUCUGAGCUGUCCUGUGGACACCCAUCCAAAACAAUUCAGUAAGAGGUUAAACCUUCCUCAAAUGUACUGUGGUGCCAGGAAACAUCUGGAGAAAUCACUAAAAACAAAUAAAGACAAAGAAACACAGAGCCUAGAAGAAACCCCAGCCAUCUUCUGAUGCCAUCAAAAAGACCAAGAGGAACCUCAGGGCUGGGUGUUCCAGGGUGGGGGGCCAGGUACAGUGUGGCCAUCCUUGGUCUCCAGCUGAGCUUUGCCAUUCAUUGGUGACAAGUGGCACAGCCCAUGACCCCAGAGUCACCUGCCAUCCCUCAGAGCCAUUUCCCUCAGCAUGACCUGCAUUCUCCAACUUUCUGCUGUUUAGGGGCUUAAUUGUAAUUAUGCUCCUCUUCCUUUUUUUCCCUCAAAAAAGGCUCUUUGCUGGAAGAUGUAUUUUGAGUGUAAACACAGCAGGACCUGGAACAGAACCUCAGCUAAUUAGGUGUAAUGGGUGCUGUCAUUAGUGGAGGGGAGCUGCUGGUUUCUGUCAAUUAGGCUGGGAGGCCACACUGUGGUGUUUGACACACAGGUGGAUGCAAAAUGCUGCUUGUGUUUAUGGCUCCCUGGUGUUCUGCAGCCAAACCAGGGCUGUGCAGGCAGCUCUGCUGGUUUUGGUGCUCUCUGGAGGUGCUCUUCAGUGGUGCUAGAAUUGAGGUCCCUGUGUACCCACCACAGCCCCAGAUCUGUGGGCAGAUUGGUUUUUAAUACGUCUUUGUAAGCUGGUCACAAGGACUGAGGAGGAAAUACUUGAUCCAUCAGAUAUCUGUGCCUUCCUUAUCUUUGUCACUUUUACUGCAUCUUCUCACUUUCUUUCCCACAGCACAAGGACCAGAAACUUCUAUGAACAUGCUUUUCUUCUUUAUUUUUUUUAGGUGUUUUAUAGUACUAAAAGGGAUUCAAAGCAGCAGGGAUGCUCCUGGAGCUGAAUAGGAAAAUAAUAAUAAAAAAAAAGAUACAAGAAAAA